CUGUAACCUCGCGGAAAAACAACAAAAAUCCACAAAAGUUUUUCUUCGCAGUUCAGCAGAUCCGUGGUGGUUUAGUAAAAGUGCAGGAAGAAAUCGGUUUCCCACGACCAUGUCCGGCCUGAUUCGGUUGAAUAGCAGUGCCCUGCUGGCCCGCUCCCUAAUGCAGCACUCGCUUCGCAGCGCCCGGUUGAUUUCGUCAUCCCAGAAGAAUCGUGAAGCCGCCACCAUUGAUGUGUCGAAGAAAGCUGCCGCAAAACCUGCCGAACCCGCCGCUUCAACGGCGGCCACCAAGAACUGGGUCAGUUAUGGAUUCGACUAUAAGAACGAGACCGAAGAUCGGAACGCCAUGAACUCAUCGUUCUUCUUCUCCGUAACACUGUGUCUGGUUUUGGGAGGUUUCUACUGGGCCUAUCUGCCCGAUACCCAGAUGUUGGAUUGGGCCCAACGGGAGGGUUACCUGGAACUGCGGCGUCGGGAAGCUGCCGGGUUGGAACCGAUUAGCAAGGAUUACAUCGAUCCAGCCCACAUUGUGCUCCCUUCGGAUGAGGAACUGGGUAAUACCGAGAUCGUUAUCUAAGCAGCUGGCAGUGGAAGAACGAGGGGUUAUGUAAUGGCACCUUUUUGUCAUCAGCAAGCGAUUGAAUAAAAUCACCAACCAAAACAGCUUGUAAAUACAAAAUAAACAACUCGCUGGCAGCAGCGUGAAGGUUUUUUGGGCCGGAAAAACGGUGUAUCGAAUCGGUUCAAUAAAGAUUAGGAUAUUUGAAACAA